CGCGUCACAGCUCCGCCCCGUGGCGCCGUCCUUGCCCCGCGUUCCCCAUCCCCGUCCCUGCCCUCUCCGAGCCUCCGAGGCGUGCGGUGAGGCUGGGCACGGAGGAGGCUCGAAGUGAGCGAGGCGUCGCCACUGCGCCUGGAAAAUGCGGUGGGUGAUGUCUUGAGUGAUUUCCCCCUGAGUCGAGGCCGCAAUUAAAAGGGCGACGCGGGCGACUGUCUGUCCCUUCCUUCUUAGCCACCUCCAUUCACCUCCCUGCGUGCGAAGUCGCGAACGGAGCGCGACCCAGGAGGAAGAGUCGCGAACGACUCUAGGCGGCAGCAAGAGCAGCAGGGUCAGCAGCUGCAAGGAGUGUAGUCUGCAGCAGUAGCAGCAACAGGUGUCGCCAGCACCAUCAGCAGCAGUAUAAUCAGCAGCAGUGCUAGCAGCAGCAGAAAGCAACAUAAAUAAUCAACAAGUAGCAGCAUAAUCAUUCGCAGAAUCAGCAGGGUUCAUCCCCAUUAACAGCAACAUCCGUUGCAGAAUAAUCAUCAGCAGCAUAACGAGCAGCAAAUAUCAGUCAUCAAAGCAACAUCAUCACCACUCGGAGCAGCAACACCACCCUCGGCACCAGUAUCAUCAGCAUCAUCAGGAGCGGAGAGCAGGGUCCCGGGAUGGAGGUGGGCCACAUCGGCACGCUGCCCGUGGUCCCCGCGGGGCCCGUGUUCCCCGGCAGUUUCAAGGAGCCACGGCGCCUCUACUGCCGCAGCGCGGGCCACCACCUCCAGAUCCUGGGGGACGGCACCGUGAGUGGCACCCAGGACGAGAACGAGCCCCACGCCGUUCUGCAGCUGCAGGCGGUGCGCCGCGGGGUGGUGACGAUCCGUGGGCUCUGCGCCGAGAGGUUCCUCGCCAUGAGCACGGAGGGACACCUGUACGGGGCGGAGGCCAUAAAUGACGAGUGCUACUUCAUCGAGACGCUGGAGGAGAACUUCUACAGCACGUACUGCUCUGAGAAGUACGCCGAUUGGCGCUGGUACGUGGGCAUCAAGCGCAGCGGCCGCGCUAAGCCGGGCCCGAAGACGGCCCGCGGGCAGAAGGCCGUGCACUUCCUGCCUAGGCCCGUGCAGUGAAGGGCCCUGCUCCCCCCGCCCUUUUUGUCACCCGGCCCGGUGUGAGUAAGAGACCAGGUAGCCGGCAGGCCAUCGCCGCUCACGCACCACCCCCGCCCCUGCGUCCCCAGCCCCUGCGUCCCCAGCCCCUGCGCGUCCCCAGCUGCCGACCGCAGAACUGAACACGUGGAUGUCGCCAAAUUUGGGUCUGACAGAGGGCCCCUUAGCAGCGCCCCCCACCACAAGGGUAUUGCGGCCCGUGUGGGGGGCGGGGGUUGUGGGGGUCUCCUGAACCCCUGAACCGCACGGCUGCCGCCCUCCCGCCGGUGCCUGCGAUGCGGUUCUAACGCCGGCACCACGCGGCCUGUGCGCCAUGAUUCGGUUGCGCGCGGCCAAUCAGCUCGACUCGCAACCGGUCUCAAUUGCGCGACCGGUUGCCGCUCGCGCUCGAGGCGGACUCGACCGCCGAGCGACAGCAACCCGCUCGGUGAGUCACGACACCGCGGUCACCGGCGACACGAGGGGCGCCACGAACCCCCGACGCGUUGAGCCCUCGCGCGACAAACAGCGAGGGCAUUGACAGAGCGUGCACCCCAAGACUGCGAUCGGCGUCCCUGAUUAACUCCGGCCCACUCACCGGCGGCCAGUCGCUACUACUACUACUACCAUGGUUACUGUUCCCGUGUACUUCACUCAUUUAGAUUCCUCCACCCGUGUUGAGGACUCGGUCUACCAGACACACAGACUGUGUCAUCUCAGCCAUCUCACUGUGUUCAACCACCACACUGCAGGUCACAACAAGGCACUCCACGCUCUCUGAUGGACACGUGGUGCGUGCCGGUACACUGCACUGUCAAUCGUCGCAUUCUUUAUGGUGACCGCGCAGUGGUCCAUCGGCCUCGGACUCACCCACUCUCCCACUCACCUACUCACCCACCCACUCACCUAUUCACCCAACCUCUCAAGCACCUCCUCAGCAGUCCAUCGGCCUGGAACUCACUGCCGUUGCGCCAUGUUUGAGACAUUUCACCAGUUCAGUUAGAAGAUGCAACACAGAACUGUGUCAUAGAGCUUGCAAUGUGUACAUAGUGUGCACUCGUGGUAAUCUAGAUUAUAAGAGUUGCGCGUUUAUAAAUGUACUUAUUCACCCACCCACUCACCCAUCCUCCCACCCCUCUUACCACCUUGCAGGGCACCUCACUUCUCUUUUGGCUUCUUCUCUCCACACUGCUGCAGUGGAAUUCCCUCUCUCACCAUUAUCAUCGUAGUCAUCUCGUUUCCGUCAGCUCCAUCAAUAAUCUUGCUGAAUUCAGGAAGCGUGUUAAACUCUUGUAUAUUACAUCAUUAAUAGUGCUGCUUGCUGCUGUCCGCUUGAGCAGCGGAUUGACCAUGUCUGUUUUUAUAUUUUAUCUAACCUAAAAAACCUGUAUUUUAGAUGACCAUGUCUGAUGGCGACGUUCCCACAGAGGACGCAUUGCGUGCCUGCGAGCGGGUGACGCGAUGGCGAUGUCGUUCGCUGUGGGGAACAUGCUUCGCGGGUAGAAGUAACUUAUUAUUAUUGUUUGUUGUAACGGAGGCAUUACCGUGAUGUGUACAUUCGCGCAUUAUGAUUAAGGGUUAAUACAUAGUCGCCAAGCGCUGAACGAGUCUCUGUCUGUGCGAGGAGUGGUGGUCCAGUGGUCAGAGCAUUACACUCCGAACCUGGGCAACAUCAGUGUAGAAUAAAUUAAAUCGGUACUGGGCCUACCUUAGGUCUACUCAGC